CAAGGGGUUGGAGCAAGCUAGCUCACAAGCUAGCUGUUCACUUUCCCUUGCACCAGCCGGUUCCUUCGAUCGUAAAUGGAGAUGAGAGUAGCGGAGGCGGCCGGUGCCAUGGCGGCGGUGGUGCUCCUGGCCACCUUCGGCGGCGCCGCCGCCGCUGCUACUUCUGCGGCCGCGCCGGCGUUGAUGCUGAGGCGCGCAGCACCGCUGAACGGCCUGGAUCAUCUCCAGAAGCUAGACAGGGCUCGCCUCGCCAAGAGAAGCGGCGUGGUGGAGUUCGGCCUGCUGGGCUUGCCCGGGAUCUAUUAUACCAAUGUGAGAUUGGGGAGCCCAUCCAAAGAGUAUACGCUGCAAUUUGACACGGGUAGUGACCUCAUGUGGGUCUCUUGCAGCUCUUGCACUGGUUGCCCGGCAACAAAUGACCUCGGUAUCCCGUUGGAGUUCUACAGGCCCAGCUCUUCUUCCACGACAUCCAACAUAUCGUGCGCUGAUGAUAGGUGCAUCGAUGCCGUCAAAGAAGGGCAUUCGGUCUGCCAAACCUCGGACUCUCCGACAAACCAAUGUGGUUACCAGGUGGCUUAUGGUAAUGCAGCCACGUCAGGGUACUACGUUUCUGACACCAUGCAUUUCGACACUGUCAUGGGAAAGGGAAAUGAGCAGCUUGCAAGUUCUUCCGCAUCUGUCUUAUUCGGAUGUAGUACCUCACGGUCAAGUAACCUACAGACAGAUGGCAUUAUGGGAUUUGGAAAGAAUGCACCAUCUGUCAUCUUACAACUCAACUCUCAAGGGGUGUCCCCUAAGGCCUUCUCACAUUGCUUGACAAGCUCACAAGAUGGUGGUGGCAUACUUGUUCUUGGAGCAGUUGCGGAGCCUGGAAUUGAAUUUUCUCCACUUGUCCCUUCACAGGCUCGUUACAACUUGAAUAUGAAGAGCAUUGAUGUCAAUGGUCAAAAGGUCUCCAUCAAUUCUUCCUUGUUUACAACAUCGAAUACACAAGGAACAUUUGUGGAUUCUGGGACAUCAUUAUCAUACCUUGCAGAUGGGGUGUAUGAUCCUGUUAUUAGUGCAAUAGAUAAUGCAGUCCCUCAAUCUAUACGCUCUUAUUUCAUCAAUGGGCACCUAUGUUACAUUAUAUCUUCCAGAAUCAAUGUCUCAUUAUUUCCAAUAUUGACACUACAUUUUGAGGGUGGUUCUCCAAUGACAGUGGAUCCAGCGAACUAUCUUUUGUUGAAGGGUGGUUCCGCAAGUCCAGACAACGAAAGCUUAAUGUGCAUUGGUUUUCUAAGGAGCAAGGAGCUCGAGGCUUACCGGCAUAUAACUAUUCUCGGAGAUCUUGUUCUACGAGAUAAGAUAUUCCUCUAUGACUUGGAAGAGAUGCGAUUGGGUUGGGUAAAUUACAACUGCUCGCAACUCAAUAAGACAACUGUGCCUGUCACCGUGCCUGUUGGUAGCGGGUCAUCUAGGCGCCGCACACCAUCAUAUGGGUCUGGACUGACUGCUCUUGUGGUCGUAGUCAUCAGUAUCAACAUCAUCUUUUCAUGGAGGCCUGAUAGCUGGUGGUUUCACCGUCAGGGAUAUUAACAACGGAGCCCAAGACGUGGGAAGGUCAAUGCGGGCAUAGAAUUCAAAGGCACUCUCGAGGUAGGAAGAGGCCUCAUGUUAAAUCGCUUACAACUAUGUUGCUGAACAAGUUAAGAGCAGUAUAUCCUUAGAAUUAGAAGAGGUUGAGACUACUCAUUGUAUCAUAAUGUAGCUCACGAUCAAGAUUUCUAUAUUUGGCAAUAUGUUAAUUGCAGAUAUUGCUUUUGCA